AUUUUGAAAAAGAAUAUUUGUUUGUAUUUUUGUGCAUUUUAUUUUGUAGUUGGCUAGAGUUAUUAAUUUCAAAUCCUCUGGAAUUUUGAUUGUUUGAUAGAUAAAUCUCAAGGGAUGUAUUAUGUUUCUCACCACCAGAGCAGGGCUGAUUUCAGAUAGACAGACAGCAUGGUUUAUUUUCAUUAUUUCCCACUUUGUUUACAGUUAAUUAUCUCUCCAUACUGGUAGGACGUACAUGAGAAAAACUGUAGGAAGUUAUGGUUAGGACAUUACACAUCAAAAGACUGUGGUUAAUGACAUUAAAAAUCAACAUAUGAGAGUAACUCUUGUUAACAACACAUAUGCUGUAACAGAGAUAACAUACAGAGUAUAGCAACAAAACGCUCCAUACUAGAAAAGUACUUCCACCUUUAAUGUUCUACAACAUUGUUAUUUGUUGCCUGCAUCCCCAGAAAUUAUGUCAGCUAUGAAUUUGUUCAAGUGGACUAGUCCAAUAAGUUUCCACAAGAGCUCGGCAUACGGUUCCCUCCCCGACAGGAUGGGACAGGACAGCCAGACUGUGGACCUAGGCAGCCACAAGGUCAUCUACUGUGUUCAUGGUAAACCUAGUGGCUGCUGUGCCACUGUUGUCAACGACUCUUCCAAACCCAUCCAUCAUGUCUGCCGAUAUACCCAGAGAGACUAUAACUAUAGGUUAGUAUUUUAUACUGAUAUUUAUAUUUGUGUCAAAAAAGGUCCACACACUAGUUUGAAACGUUUUACUUUGUUGAAUUCAUUAUUUUAUACUUAUUUCAUUUAAGUAAAGCCUUUUAUU